GAUGCAGCCAGGCCCUCCGCGCACCCUGAACUCUCGGCGCUCGGCCCCUCCCUGGUCCCGCGCGCGUUUCAGUACUCGGCGAUCAGGUACUCCUCCCCGCCGUCCUCCAGCACCUCAGCCGGCGCCCUCCUCCUGGCAGUGCCCGGGCCUGCCUGCCCUGGGUCCUCCAACUCGUCCUCGGGGACGAGGACCCGCAAGUCCAGCCCAGCGUUCCAAGAGCGCUCGCCUUUCCGGCGGUGAGCAGGUGCCCACCCCGCCCCCCUGCCUGGGCGUUUCCCACCCUCCUCCCCACCAAAGUGCUUGCCAGCCUGCAUUCCCUGGCCCACAGCAGUGCAACUGAAAGGGGACUCCUGGAAGUCCUAGGACUUGAACAUAACCCUGAGUAAAAGGUUUUAGACACCACCUCAUCAUGUGUGAGGGACUGAUGGAGAGGUAUGUGGCUGCCAUGGUGCUGAGCGCAGCUGGAGAUGCCUUAGGGUACUUCAAUGGGAAGUGGGAGUUUCUUCGGGAUGGAGAAAAGAUUCACCAGCAGCUGGCCCAGCUUGGUGGGUUAGACACCAUAGAUGUGGAGAGGUGGAGAGUCAGCGAUGACACAGUAAUGCACCUGGCCACAGCAGAAGCUCUUGUGGAAGCUGGGAAAAUCUUGGAUUUGGCUCACCUGUAUUCCCUGCUUGCUAAGCAUUACCAAGACUGCAUGGGAGACAUGGAUGGCCGAGCACCAGGGGGUGCGUCAGUGCAGAAUGCCAUGCUACUGGAGCCAGACAAGGCCAAUGGCUGGAGGAUUCCCUUUAACAAGCACGAGGGCGGCUGUGGGGCUGCCAUGCGUGCUAUGUGCAUCGGUCUCCGGUUCCCCCACCACGGACAGCUGGACACGCUGAUCCAGGUGAGCAUCGAGAGUGGCAGAAUGACCCAUCACCACCCUACAGGCUACCUGGGAGCUCUUGUUUCUGCUCUUUUUACAGCCUAUGCUGUGAACAACAAGCCUCCCAGGCAGUGGGGAAAAGAAAUGAUGGAGGUGCUACCAGAAGCUAAAAAGUACAUUAUCCAAUCAGGCUACUUUUUGGAGAAGAAUCUUCAACACUGGGGUCGGCUUCACUCCAGCUCUGAGACCUCCAGCUCAGCAAUGCCCCCAGGCCUAGGGGACAGAAGCUUCUGUUCGUGGGGACUCCUUUUGUGGCUCAGCAUUGGAAGUGCAGGAGACGCACCUCCUAUCCCACAGACAAAGUGCACUGACUUCCAGAAUGCUAAUCUUCUCCAAGGCACCAAUCUCAAAGUCCAGUUUCUCCUCUUCACCCCUUUGGAUCCUAGCUGUGGUCAGCUAGUGCAGGAAAGUAGUGACAUCCAAAAGUCUGGGUUCAAUGCCUCUCUGGGAACUAAACUAAUCAUCCAUGGAUUCAGGGCUUUAGGUACAAAGCCUUCUUGGAUUGAUAAAUUCAUCGGUGCCCUUCUUCAAGCAGCAAAUGCUAAUGUGAUUGCUGUGGACUGGGUUUAUGGCUCUACGGGUAUCUACUUCUCAGCCGUGCAGAAUGUGGUUAAGCUGGGCCUAGAGAUCUCCCGUUUCCUCAAGAAACUACUGGUAUUGGGUGUGUCGAAGUCCUCAAUCCACAUCAUUGGUGUUAGCCUGGGAGCCCACGUUGGGGGCGUGGUGGGAUAUUUCUACGAAGGCCAGUUAGGACGGAUCACAGGCCUGGACCCCGCUGGACCAGAGUACACCAGAGCCAGCCUGGAGGAGCGCCUGGACCCUGGAGAUGCCCUCUUUGUGGAGGCCAUCCACACAGACACUGACAAUGCGGGUAUUCGGAUUCCUGUUGGACACGUGGACUACUUCGUCAAUGGAGGCCAAGACCAACCUGGCUGUCCCACCUUCAUUCAUGCAGGUUACAGUUACCUGAUCUGUGAUCACAUGAGGGCCGUGUACCUCUACAUCAGUGCCCUGGAGAAUUCCUGUCCAUUGAUGGCCUUUCCCUGUGCCAACUACAAGGCCUUUCUUGCUGGAAAAUGUCUGGAUUGUUUUAACCCCUUUCUGCUUUCCUGCCCAAGGAUUGGGCUGAUGGAACAAAGUGGUGUUAAGAUACAGCCGCUUCCCAAGGAAGUGAAAGUGUACCUCCGGACCACUUCCAUGGCUCCGUACUGUGUGCAUCACAGCCUCGUGGAGUUUUACUUGCAGGAGCCAAGAAAGAAGGAUACCUGUAUCUCCAUCACCUUCCUUAGCAGCAAUGUUACUUCCUCGGUCGAGAUCACCAUACCUAGACAGCAACUCCAGGGGAGAGGAAUCAUAGCUCACACCAACGCACAGUGCCAGAUAAACCAAGUGAAAUUCAAGUUUCAUUCUUCCAACCUAGUUUGGAAAAAAGACCGGACUACCAUUGCUGGAAAGUUCUGCACUGCUCCUUUGCCAGUCAAUGACAAUUACCAGCCCCUGCAACUUCACAACUCCAAGUGCUCACCCAGCCCUCCUGGUUUGGACUUGAAACUCAGUCCACCCCAAAGUCAAGAUCGUUCCUUUUUCACUCUCAACCCAUGGUUCACUUCAGAAGCUGCCCUUUGCUAUACUUCUUCUAUGGAGAGCACGGGGAAAUGGUAAAACUAAAGACAAGCUAUCACAAAACCAGAAUGUUCACUCAUUCAUUCAUUCAUUCACUCAUUCAGCAAACCUUUAGUGUAAGCCUGCUAUGUCCAGGCACUAUUCUGAUGGCAAUCCUCUUAAUAAUAACUACAAUGUAUUGAAUGCUUACUGUGUGACAGGCAUGGUUUUAUGUUUCAUUAAAUUCUCACAGCAACAUGAGAUAGGUUCUUCUUUUGUUAUUGCCAUUUUACAUAUGAGCAAGCUGAGGUACAGAGCAGUUAUGUAACUAGACCAUGAAUGUGGCAGUGCUAAAAUUCGAAUCCAAGUGGUCAACUCCAGAGCUCUGUUUUCUUAACCCUACACUAUGUUCAUAAGGCAUCCUAACCCAAUGUCUACUUAUGUUAUCCCCAUAUCCUUGUUUUUUAAACUUAAUUUAAUAAAAAUUUGCCAGCAAUGGCAA